AUGCAGAUGAAGGAGGCCGGUGUGUCUGAAGCCUGGAAGGGAGGUGGACAGAGUUUGUUUGCAAAGGAAAUUGAGACGUCCGCUAGAGCCUGCCUCGCCAGUCUCUCCCAUGUGACUGGGGACAUGUUCCCUAACCUGGCCUCUUCCUUAGCAGAGCCUCGGGGAUAUGGGUUUGAAGACUAUGGUCCAGACUGCGGCAGCAUGCGAGUGACAGCGUUCUUGGACAUCCCAGGCCAGGAUAACCUACCUCCACUCAUGCGCCUGGAAAAGUAUGCUUUCAGUGACAAUAUCUUCAACCGUCAGAUCAUUGCCAGAGGACUACUUGAUAUCUUCCGGGAUUUCAGUAGCAAUGAAGACGACUUCUUAACAGUAUUGGAGCUUGUGGUUAGGUUGUCAGAAGAUGCAGAGCCCACUGUGCGGACGGAGCUGAUGGACCAGAUUCCUCCCAUUGCCAUGUUUCUGCAAGAACACCGAGCUGACUUCCCAACAGUGCUCUCGGAGUACCUCGUGCCUGUCGUAGUGAGGUACCUCACGGAUGCCAACAACCAGGUUAGAAAGUCCAGUCAGGAAGUACUGCUGAUUCUUCUGGAACAGGAUCUAAUUUUUCAGCACGACAUUGAGAACAAAGUGUGUCCAGUCCUACUCCAUCUCUCGGCCCCUGACAGUGAUGAUGAGUACAAGACCGAAGCCGUGAACAUCAUCUGUAAAAUGGCCUCAAUGCUGAGCAGGAACCUGGUGGUGCGUCUGCUGCUCCCCCGAUUCUGUGACCUGUGUGGUGACAGCAAGCUCUUCCAAGUGCGGAAGGUGUGUGCUGCCCAUUUUGGUGACGUUUGUCAUGCUGUUGGACAAGAAGCCACUGAGAAGUUUUUGAUCCCAAAGUUUUUUGAACUCUGCUCAGAUAGUGUUUGGGGGAUGCGCAAGGCCUGUGCGGAGUGCUUCAUGGCUGUGUCGUGCACCACGUCACCCGCGGUCCGAAGGGCCAUGCUCUCUCCACUCUUCAUCAGGCUCAUCAGUGACCCCUGCCGAUGGGUGCGCCAGGCCGCUUUCCAGUCCUUGGGCCCCUUCAUCUCCACCUUUGCCAACCCCUCCCGGGCUGGCCUGUGUGUCCGAGAAGACGGGACCCUGAGCAUUCGGCCCCCAGCCGAGGAGCUCCACUCUGGUUCUCCAGCCCCAAGUCCCAGUGGUUCAGUUUUGCCUCCCCCAAUUUCACGUAGUUUAAAGACACCUGUGCGGAUAGAGGCAGACCCACCGCUGGAAGGCACAUCCUCGGAGGCCAGUCAUGAACUGAGUACCCGUAGUGCUUCAAACGGCUCAGCAGGAAGCCCAGUGCAAGACUCUGUCGUUGUGGUUGGAGAUGAACUGGCCAGGUCUUCCCCAGGACCCUGCACUUUCUCGAAGCUCUCCAAUGCAAAUGGCCUCACCACUAGCAGUCACCUGGUGCCACAUUCCUCGGCCUGCCUGGAGAGCUCUGCAGAUGUAUUCAGUAACUUUUUGUACUGGCGGACUCCCCUCCCUGACAUCAGCCGGGAUUUAGAGCUGCUUGUGGGCCAGGCUGGGCCGCAGGAAGAUGCCUGUUGUCCACCUGAGACAGCACAUAACAGCUGUGUGCCCAGCAGCGACAUUCAGAAAGUCCUCCAUCGCUUACAGGAGCACAUGAGGAAUGACCCAGAUGUCCAAGACGCGCUGGCUGCAGCCAGGAUGUUACAAAGCACAGUGAGUGUCUGCCCGGUCCCUCCGCCACUGACGAUGAAGGCUGCUGGCUUCACCAUUCCUGCCCCCGUGUCUCACACAUCUGGCUAUUACUUGAGGGCAUUGUUAGCCACACUGGACCUUGGACGGGAAAAACAGCAGAUGGAUUCAGAAGAGACCCUCAAUGGGACCCACCACCCCUUGCAGACUGAGCUGAACCAUGACUCUGUCUCACAGGAGGAAACUAAAUCUAAAUUACAGGACAUCAUUCCUCAGCCCCUGCUGGACCAGUAUGUGUCAAUGACAGACCCAGCGCGCGCUCAGACUGUGGAUACCGACAUAGCCAAGCACUGUGCGUACAGCCUCCCGGGGGUGGCGCUCACCCUAGGCCGGCAGAACUGGCAUUGCCUAAAGGACACCUACGAAACGUUGGCGUCGGACGUGCAGUGGAAAGUGCGCCGGACCCUCGCCUUCUCCAUUCACGAGCUGGCUGUGAUCCUCGGGGACCAGCUAACAGCGGCCGACUUGGUGCCCAUUUUUAAUGGAUUCUUAAAGGACCUGGAUGAAGUGCGCAUUGGGGUCCUUAAGCAUCUGUACGAUUUUCUUAAGCUGCUUCAUGCAGACAAGAGGAGAGAGUAUCUCUAUCAGCUGCCGGAAUUUGUAGUGACCGACAACAGCAGGAACUGGAGGUUUCGGUAUGAACUAGCAGAACAGCUGAUACUAAUUUUGGAGCUGUACAAUCCCAACGAUGUUUAUGAUUACCUAAUGCAUAUUGCUUUAAAGCUGUGUGCAGAUAAAGUUUCUGAAGUUCGCUGGAUCUCCUUCAAACUAGCCGUGGCAAUCCUGCACAAAUUCUACUCAAACAGCGAAAGCGCACUGGGGUUACAGUUCAUCAACGAACUCAUCCUAAGGUUCCGGCACUGCCCAAAGUGGGUUGGAAGGCAAGCUUUCGCCUUUAUCUGCCAGGCGGUGGUGAAUGGAGAGUGUAUCCCUGUGGAUCAGUUCGUGGAACACUUACUCCCAAGCCUCCUGAGCCUUGCGUCGGAUCCUGUGCCAAACGUUCGGGUUUUGCUAGCCAAAGCCCUGAGGCAGACACUACUGGAAAAGGCGUAUUUUAGAAAUGCCGGUAACCCUCAUCUUGAAGUCGUGCAAGAGACUGUCUUAGUGUUGCAGUCAGACCGGGACCAAGAUGUUUCCUUUUUUGCCACCCUCGAACCAAAGCGGCAGAAUAUUCUAGACACCACCAUGUUAGAGAAACAGAACUAA